AUGCCGCCAGCAGGGUCCUCUGGGUUGUACGGUGCUCCGAUUGAGUACAUUCAAGAUCGUCUUUAUCUUGCUUCUUACCAUAGCCCUCCCUCCGAGAACACUCCUUUCCCGUUUCUCGCGGCACCACCGAAGUCGCCCAGCAAGAGGCGGGCCGCCGCAAAUACUCCCUCUAGGAAACACCAAGCGAAAGCCCCCGUAUACUUCAAUAUUGAUGGAUUGCUCCUCUAUAAUUCUUUCCAUGCGGACUUUGGUCCUUUCCACAUCGGACAUCUCUACCGGUUCGCGGUGCAUUUCCAUGAAAUCCUAGGAGACCCGGAAAACGCCGAUCGCCCAGUAGUCCUGUGGACUAAGCCUGACCCGCGAAGCAGGGCAAAUGUUGCGUGUGUUGUAGCUUGCUACAUGGUGUUGAUUCAAUCCUGGCCUCCGCAUCUUGCCCUAGCCCCCAUCGCGCAGGCUGACCCACCAUACAUGCCCUUCAGAGAUGCCGGUUACAGCCAGGCCGACUUUGUCCUUACUAUUCAGGACGUGGUAUACGGCGUCUGGAAAGCCAAGGAGGAAGGCCUCUGCGGGCUCAAGGAUUUCAGCCUGGAAGAGUAUGAAAAGUAUGAACGAGUCGAUAUGGGCGAUUUUAACUGGAUCACCCCAAGCUUCCUUGCAUUUGCGUCGCCACAACAUUCUCCUAUUGCCGUUGUUCCUCAGAACACUCCUGAAUUCGCUGCUUUACCAUCGACCAUCGACCAGGUCCAGGACAGUGAAUUGCCAGUUCCCUUUAAAAACGUCCUUACCCAUUUCUCGUCCAGGAAUGUUGGCUUGGUUGUACGCCUUAAUUCUGAGCUCUAUAGCCCAUCGUACUUCACUGCCCUCGGUAUCAAUCAUAUUGACAUGAUAUUCGAAGACGGAACCUGCCCACCGCUCCCACUGGUAAAGAGGUUCAUUAAGAUGGCACACGAGAUGAUCACAAUCAAAGAGAAGGGGAUUGCAAUUCACUGUAAAGCUGGCUUAGGACGAACUGGCUGUUUGAUAGGGGCGUACCUCAUCUACCGGUAUGGAUUUACCGCGAAUGAAAUUAUCGCGUUUAUGCGCUUUAUGCGCCCAGGCAUGGUUGUUGGACCGCAACAGCACUGGCUCCAUUUGAACCAAGGAAGUUUCCGUGAGUGGUGGUUAGAAGACCAGCUUAAGGAGAAACUCUCGUUACCUACCCCUACCACUCCCGGGAGAGUGUCUUCUAAACGACUCAACGGCAGUCAAACUGCAACACCACCACAUGGAAACCAGACCAAGAGGGCUGCCCUUGGCGAAAUUGACACUAAUGAGAGUGCCAACGGCUAUGCAGAUGAAAACCUUCCUGCUCCUACUCCAGGGCAGCCAAGAAAGUCACAUCGUAAGGACUCAAGACAUCAUCCGUAUGCCCGUACACCAUCCGCUAGUCUAGGAGGCGCCGCAAGCUCCCCAAGACGGGGAGUGUCUAGGACCCAUUCGAACAACCGCGCAGACAGCGAUGAAGAAAUCCAGGCUCUUGUCAACCGUGUUACGUCGCCGCGCACCCCUGUUUCCAACACCCAGCGAUCUCUCAGCCAUUCUGCAGCACUCACCCCAGAGAUAGACAUCCAUGAAGAUGUUGAGAACCGUGUCGGUGAUUCAGGCUCACCAAAACCCAAGACUCCAUCCAACGCGAAGAGUGGAAGUGGAGUACUAGGAGUGAACAAACAGCGAUCCAACCCAAGACGGACAGCUGACAACCGAACCGACACUCGUGGAGUCCGCAAGUCAAGUGGGAGAGUCGGAAGUGCUGGCAACAUUGCCAGAGUGAAGAACAUCUGA